AAAAGGAAAAAAAUAAAGGAGCAGCGAGACACUCAAUCUAGUGGAAACGUGGAAAUCCUGGAAAUCCAUGGAAAUCCUGGGCUUGCCAACCUGUUCUCACUUGUCACUCUAGCUUCCAUUUAAGUCACUUUCCAUGUCUUGGAACCCAGAAAGAGCCAAGAGCCAAGAGCCAAUAGCCCUGGAGACCCAAUUGUUUCUGCAUCAGAGUCAAAGAAACGAGGUCAGUUAUGUGGUUGUAAUUUGUCAUCUUCUUUUGAGCUCCAUCAAUACCUUUACACAACCCUUUUGUGUUCUUGAUCUGAAAAUGGUUUUCUCCACUGUUGAGCCCACCAAACACUUCCACUAUAGUUUCUUGCAGUGUUCUUUUCUUACUUUGUAAUCACUCCAAGAACAUUGGACCUACUUUGAACUUGUUAUUGAGGUAUCUAGACAAUUAUGUGCUAUUUUUCUUCGGAUUUCCCAGUGUGAGUUGUCUUUUCCGGUAGCUGGGUAUCCAUUUUUCCCCCUUCUCUAUCAAAAUUCUUGUAGAAAUUUGGCCAAAUUCAAAGGAUUAGUUCAACCAGAUUGCAGAAAUUUUUAAUGGGUAGUUUCUGUCAGCAGAAAUCAGUACAUGGGGGCAGCUAGGGAAACCAUGGGUUGGUUCCGUUUUCUUAGAACCUUUUGUUUGUGCCUUAUCCUUGUGUUGAAAAUCUGUAUGGCCAGCACUCAAAAUACUGGCCAGAUUUAUCCUGGGUUUCAAGGGUCUCAAAUGGAGUGGAAGGAUAAUAAAGGGAUGUUUCUGCUUUCCAACAGUUCAACAUUUGCUUUGGGCUUCUUGAAUACCCUUGAAGGGUUGUUUGUACUUGUUGUCAUUCAUGUGGCUAGUUCCAAAGCAGUUUGGACUGCUAAUAGGAGCUUCUUGAUUCAAAAUUCCGAUAAAUUUGUGUUUGAGAAAAAUGGGAAUGCUUACUUGAAAGGUGGCGAUAAAAUAAUUUGGUCCACAGAUACAGCAGGGCAAGGUGUUACAGCCAUGGAAUUGCAGGAUACAGGAAACUUGGUAGUACUUGGUGAGAAUGGGAGAAUUCUCUGGCAGAGUUUCAGUCAUCCCACCGAUACGCUUUUAUCCGGCCAGGAAUUUGUGGAAGGAAUGAAACUUAAAGGUUUUUCUAACCGUGAUAACUUGUUUAAUUAUCUUGAAAUGAAAUCUGGGGAUUUGAUUUUGUAUGCAGGGUUUCAAACUCCACAAACCUAUUGGUCCAUGUCGAAUGAGAGCCGGAAAACCAUUUACAAGGGCCAUGGCAAGGUCCACUCUGCUUCCAUGAUGUCCAAUUCAUGGAAUUUUUAUGAUCAAAACCAAGCCUUGGUUUGGCAGUUUAACUUCUCAGAGAAUUUGGAUCCAAAUGUCACAUGGGCUGGUGUUUUAGACUCUGAAGGGUCGAUUUCUUUCUAUGAUCUCCAAAAGGGAAAUUUAGCUCCUGCUGAGUCAACUAAGAUUCCUCAAAAUUCAUGCAGUGUUCCCGAGCCUUGUGAGCCAUAUUAUGUUUGUAGUGUUGACAACAGAUGCCAGUGUCCUUCAGCUCUCAACUCUAGCGUUAACUGCAAGCCGCAGAUCACAUCAGUCUGUAAUGUCUCAAAAAAUUCAGUAGAGCUUUUACAUGUAGGUGACAGCCUUAACUAUUUUGCGCUUGGGUUUGUGGCACCCUCUUUGAAAUCAGAUCUAAAUGGUUGCAGGGAAGCUUGCUUUGGUAAUUGUUCAUGUCUUGUGCUCUUCUUUGAGAACAGUUCAGGCAAUUGCUUUCUGUUUGACCAGAUAGGAAGCUUUCAACGCUCUAAUUGGUAUUCUUCUGGCUUCAUUUCAUACGUUAAGGUCUCUAAUAAUGGAGAUCUAGAUGGUGGGCAAAAUCGUUCAAGAGAGGAAAGAAAAGGUGGGAAGAUCAUCCUAGUUAUUGUGCUCAUUGCUGUUGCAACAGUACUGGUUAUUUUUGGCGUAGUUUAUCUAGGGUUCAGGUACCGCCGCGAAAAGGAGAUACAAGAAUGUUCCCCUGAUAACUUGGAAGAAGAUGAUUUCUUGGAUAGUAUUUCUGGGAUGCCUAUUCGCUUCCGUUAUAAGGAACUUCAGAAUGCCACCAGCAACUUCUCUGAGAAGCUUGGCCAAGGUGGGUUUGGAUCUGUCUACAAAGGGGUGCUCCCAGAUGGAACACAAUUGGCAGUUAAAAAAUUGGAGGGCGUCGGGCAAGGGAAGAAGGAAUUCAGAGCUGAAGUUUGCACCAUAGGGAGUAUCCACCAUGUUCAUCUGGUCAAGCUCAAAGGAUUCUGCAAUGAGGGGGCUCACCGGCUUCUAGUUUAUGAGUUCUUGGGAAAAGGCUCUUUAGAUAAAUUGAUCUUCAAGAACAAUAGAAAGGAUCUCCUGUUAGACUGGGAAACAAGAUUUAGUAUUGCAUUGGGUACGGCAAAGGGAUUAGCAUAUCUCCAUGAGGAGUGUGAUCCGAAGAUCAUCCACUGUGAUAUAAAACCAGAAAAUGUUCUUCUUGAUGAUAAUUACCUUGCCAAAGUCUCAGAUUUUGGCUUAGCUAAGUUAAUGAACCGGGACCAGAGCCAUGUGUUCACAACAGUGAGGGGUACUAGAGGGUACCUUGCACCUGAGUGGAUCGCAAACCAUGCCAUAUCAGAGAAGAGCGAUGUCUUCAGCUUUGGUAUGGUCUUGCUUGAGAUCAUUGGGGGAAGGAAAAAUUAUGAUCCGAAAGAGACUGCACAGAAAGCCCAUUUUCCGUCUUACGCCUUUGAGAAGAUGAAGGAAGGAAAUUUGAGAGAGAUCCUCGAUCCAGAGCUAAAAAUUGAUGGAAACUAUGAAAAAGUCAGCAAUGCAAUUAAAGUUGCAUUAUUGUGUAUACAGGAAGAGAUGGACAGAAGGCCACCGAUGACUAAGGUAGUCCAAAUGCUUGAAGGUGUUUGUGAUGUACCUCAGCCACCAACCACCUCUCAAAGGAUUUUUCAUAUUUACUCAACUUUGCUCAAAUCAAGCAGUGAAGAGGGUACUUCAUCAGAACAAAAUUUGUUGGAACCAAUUGAUUGGAACAGUCUAGCACCCUCAAAUGUUGAUCUAUCAGGGCCUAGAUGAUAGAAGGUAUAGUUGAUGAUGUUUGGAGCUUCCUAAGAUGAAAAUCUUCAUAUUUGACUCCUUGUACAUUUUUAAGCCAUAAAAUCAAGACUUUGGUGAUGCCUUUGUGUACUUUCCUAAUUAUGUUUAAAAUCUCAAGUUUUGCACUAGUGGGCAUUAGAAAGUUUUCUAGCUUUUUGUGAACUUUUUUUGGUGAAGUACUAAGUCUAUUUGCUUUUGUUUUUCAGGUUUGAAAAUAGUGUAAUGCUGGAAAAGAAAACCUUUAACUUUUGAGUUUUUUUAGUAC